ACCACCACCAUCACCACCCUCUCUCUCUCUCUCUCUCUCACGACAACCACAACCACCACCGCCACCACCACAACCACAACCACAACCACCACAAACGGGGCGAAAACGCUAGGGUAUGGUUUCAGCCUGCGUCAACAGCAGCGUCGCCAUGUCGCCGGAGGCCUUCGGAGCUCCGGCGAAGAUACCCGGCGCCUAUGGAUGGAUCAGCCCGAGGGUUUCCUUCAGCGGCGACUUCGCCGGCGAUGAGAGCUCGGCCGCGGCGCCCAGAUCGCCGGAGAAGCCGGAUCCGGAUGGAUCCCUCAAGGAUCUCCCGGAUUUCGAGUUCCGACUCGACGACCCCGUCGCGAUGCUCCCCGCCGACGAGCUGAUCUCCAACGGGAGGCUGGUGCCGCUCCAGGUGGCGGCGGCGGAGCGGCGGGAGGGGGGGAUACGGGCGGCGGAGGAGGCGGCGCCGCCGCCGCCGCGGAUCGCGGCGAAGCAGCAGAGCCCCAAGCCGGAGCCGCAGAAGCCCGCGCCGGCCCCGUCCCGGAACCCUAACCCUAGAUCCAUCCGCCGCCUCCUCCUCCAUCGGAGCCCCAGGACCCCCGCGCUCGACGCGUCCCUGAGCCUCCCGCUCCUCCGCGACCCCGACGUCGCCUCCGUCUCCAUCUCCUCCCGCUUCUCCCUCUCAUCAUCCUCCUCCUCCUCCUCCUCCUCCUCGUCCUCCUCCUCGGGCCUCGACCACGACGAGCACCCGCGCCUCUCCCUCGACUCGGAGAAGCUCUCCCAGAGCCAGAUCCAGGCCCCGCCGCGGCUGCGCCUCUCGUGGCCGCGGUCCGCGACGGCACAGAGGGUCGGGCAGAGCCCGAUGUGGCGGGACGCGGCGGCGGAGGGGGACGCUGCGCCUCCGCCGCCGUCGAGGGGCCCGUCGGUGGACAGCCCGAGGCUGAACGCGGCGGGGAAGGUUGUGUUCCAGAGUCUGGAGCGGAGCUCGAGCAGCCCCAGCACCUUCAACGGGGGGCCGCGGGUGAAGCACCGGGGCAUCGAGCGCUCCUACUCCGCCAACGUCCGCGUCGCCCCCGUCCUCAACGUGCCCGUGUGCUCCCUCCGCGGCUCCGGGAAGGGCCCCUCCGUGUUCGCGCUCGGAACGCUCUUCUCCUCCUCCUCGCUGCGGAGGGAGCGCGAGGCCUCCUCCUCCUCCUCCUCCUCCUCCUCGGCGGUCGCCAUGGCGAGGGGCGGGAGUAGGUCGAAGAUGGAGAAGGACAAAGCUUCAGGCCAUUGAAUUUGAGGAAGGGCUUCUUCUUCUCUCAGUCUCAGACUCUCAGGCAAAAAAAAAAAAAUCUUCUGAGAAAGGAGAUUGAAAAUUUGGGGAAAAAAUAGUAGCUUAUUUUAAUUCGGUUUGUUUUGUUUUUGUUUUUCCCUUUUUAAUCUACUUUUUCCGUUUGUUCUUUUUCCUUCUUUUUUUUUUUUUUCCUCUCUUCUGGGAUAGUUGUAAAUAAGUAGAUUGCAAUGCAGUUCUUCUUGUUUUUCUAUUUUGCA